AUGAGUUUCAAGUAUGAAUGCGCCGACUUCUCGCAGUUCCAGGAGCAGUUGAAAAAGAUGCGAGAUCUUGAUGACAAAAUUAUCUACGCGCUGAACACAUCCAUACCGACGGAAUCGUUCAAAGGUCAGGUGGACGCUGAAGCGAAGUGCCGUGAGCUGCAUGGUCAGCUUGAAUCAGGCUACGGACACCGGCAAGAGGCAAUAAAGAAAUGUAUCGUCGUGUGCGCUGAUACGGUCAAAACGCUCAAAGAUAAACGCGAGGACAACAAGGACGACGUCACGCUGAACAAACAGUUCAAAACGGAACAACGGAAACUACGAUUACUGCAGGCGGAACUAAGCGUGGAGGAUAUUAUUCGGGAACGAACGCAGAAAACGUUCCGUGAACGUUGUAGGUUAUUUUUCCGUUUUGAUUCACUCUAA